GGUUUACGUUAAUCUGCUACAAGGAUUACGUAAGACGAUUGCAAUUAAGGAAACCUGUUAACCAUCACCGUUAGGGCCGUUGUUUCCUCCGUAUCUGGCGUUAUCUGGCAAAUGGCUUUCGCCAUCUCUGAAGUAGAAUGUAGCAUGUGUAUAGCCAGUUUGAAUUCAACUGCCGAAGAGCCGAAAAAAAAGAGAGUCUGGCUUGAUGAUGGGAUCAUAACAUCGGGAAAGAAUGGAAACGCUGCCUCCCGAAGUCGGAGGCCGUCUGAAAAAGACAAUAAAUAGUGCUUUGGGCCUGUAUAGACUGUUGGAAUUCCACUGUCAACU